AUGGCACUCUCCGCCGUCAAGAGUACAUUAGAAAGGGCGUUGGACAAAGAUCUUUCAGAUCUAGUAAGAGGAAUAAGGGCACAUAAGGAUGAUGAGAGAAUAGGGUAUUUAGCUGCCUCACAAAGCUUUGGAGAACAUACUGAUGUGCUUAUGCUCACUACGAACCUCAUACGAAAGGACUUAAACAGUGGCAAGUUGUACGAUACGAGCGUUGCGCUUUCUGGUUUGUCUUGUUUUGUAACUCCAGACCUGGCAAGAGAUCUCUGUGAUGAUGUAUUAGCCUUGACGAUGUCCCCAAAGCCAUACAUUGCUAAGAAAGCCGUACUUCUUUUGUAUAAAAUAUUUCUUAAAAAUCCUGAUGCACUUCGUACUGCUUUUCCACGCCUCCGAAAAAAACUCGAAGACCCCGACCCAGGUGUUCAGUCUGCAGCGGUCAACGUGAUUUGUGAAUUGGCACGCAAAAAUCCCCAAAACUACCUUUCCCUCUCUCCCGUCUUCUUCAAGCUUAUGACCAGCUCGACAAAUAAUUGGGUUUUAAUCAAAAUUAUUAAAUUGUUCGGUGCUCUAACUCCUCUCGAACCGCGCUUGGGAAAGAAGCUUAUCGAGCCGUUAACGAAUCUUAUCCACAAUACCUCGGCAAUGUCGCUCUUGUAUGAAUGCAUCAACACCGUUCUUGCUGGUGAGUCAACCGUGUGCUCCUGCUUUCACCGGGUGCGGUUGCUGCUUUCUAUUUCAUCAGGGGUGCCUGACCACCAUGCGUCGAUCCAGUUACCACGACGACCCCUCGCACAACAGGAGUGCUGUGAUUGGUUCAUUUGCCAGGGCGCAAUGGCUGCUACAUUGAAUGGGUCUGGGAAGCGUGACGUCCCACUGUGCUCAAUUUUCUUCUUGUUACAGCUCUGCGUGCAGAAGUUGCGCAUACUCAUUGAGGACUCCGACCAAAACCUCAAGUACCUCGGGCUUUUGGCGAUGAACAAGAUCCUGCGGCACCACCCGAAGAGCGUGCAGGCCCACAAAGACCUCAUUUUGGCCUGUUUGGAGGACAAGGACGAGUCCAUUCGACUGCGCGCCCUCGACCUCCUCCAUGGCAUGGUCACCAAGACGAACCUCAUCGAGAUAGUCAAGAGCCUGGUUCGACAUCUCAACUCGCCCGACAUUGGCAACUACUUCCGCUCCGAGUUGAUUUCCACAAUAGUGAGGAUCUGCUCACAGGAGAACUACCACUACGUAGUGUCGUUCGAGUGGUAUGUCUCCGUGUUGAUAGAGCUGGCACAGUUGAAUACAAAUCGGACUGGCGAGCUUCUGGCCAAUCAGCUUCUUGAUGUGGCAGUUCGCGUGGCCUCCGUGCGCCAGUUCGCGGUUGGUCAAAUGGCCAUAUUCCUGAGAUCUUGCAAAAGCAUGAUGACUCACUCGAACCAAGCCAGCCUUCACGAUGUCAUAUAUGCUGCAGCCUGGAUUUGCGGAGAAUACGCUGGGUUCCUUGAGGAGCCCCGGGAGACGCUGGAGGCGAUGCUGGAGACGGCGAGCUUCAUCGACCUGCCUGGUCACAUCCAGUCCGUGCUGGUGCUCAACUGCCUCAAGCUCUACUGCAAGUUGGUGGCCGCGUGGUUCGCCCAGACCACAGGCGGCUGCGACGUGUUAAGCGACCCCCCGCCGCCGCCGCCCGAAUCUAUCGACGCCUCGGCCGACCUCCGCGCCCUCGUCGACCGUCUGCUCGAGUUGACGGCCUUCCUGAUGGACAAGAUCUCCCUCUUCGUUCAUUCUGCCAACUUGGAAGCACAGGAACGCGUACGUGGUGUCUUGUUGUUCGUUUCCUGCAACUCGGCGUAUCGUCACUCGAUGAUUCUGAGUGUGUGUGUGUUUUUCUACGAUUUGGUUCGUGUAUUUCCAUUCCUGCUUCCAACCGUUCUCGAUGGACAAGCGAUUGUCCAGUUUAUGCUCAUUGAUUUGGGUUGCUUCCACGCUGGAAAGGCCGUGUCAAUCCACCAAUUGUUGCAUCUCGUCGUGAAGCGGCUAACGAAGCUGCGUGCCACAGCAAGCACAUCUCCGCUACCACAACCGCCUCCGCCGCCGCCCACAUCAACAUGUGGUGGUGGUGGUGGUGGUGGUGGCGAUGAAGACGUUGUUGAUCUCCUUGGAAUCGACGCCGACGACAGUCUGGACCCUCUCUCCGCAGUCAGGAAAACUGCCAGCGCUGCCGACGACGCUCCGACGCCUGCCACCGGUAAUCACUGCCUCCCUUUUCCCCCCACCUCCCUCCACCAUCCUUUCAAUCCACCCCCACAGCCCCGAUGGUUUCCACUGCGUGUUCAUGCAGGGCUAUCAGCCGUCAUCUCUGACACAAAUAAGCUGAUUCCAAGUGUCGCCGACGAUGACAGCUCGACGCUGCCCACUCCUCAAAGACACCAACACGCGGAAGGAAGCAACCACCGGUCCAUUCCUCACCCCUCUGCCACUUCUUUGUUUGACCUAUCUAAUUGUCUCCCGACGUGGGUGUUUGUUCUCUACGGGGGCAAGUCGAGCCUUGCGUGGAUUUGCCUUCUAGACUCGACGCAGCCUCCUCCAUCGUCGGAUCUGUUGAACGGUGUGCACGGUGUGUUGGUGGAGCUGGGCGGUCUCUUCGCGGGCGAGGUGCACCCGGUUGCCGCGAAGGCCCAGCGCAAAGUCCCCCUUCCCGAGGGACUGGAUCUGGACGCGUGGAUCAACGAGCCACCUCCACCGCCGAAGCUCACACUCGCAUCCCCCUCGUCUCUCCUGCCGACCGACGCGCCAUUGGACCGUCACAAGAAGCGAAGCAAGAAGGGAGUGAUUGGCGAAUCAGCGACUGGCGGCAUCUUUUCUGGCCUCGUCGAGCCUGAGGGUCCGAAGCCUGUUAAGCUCACUCAAGCUGAAUUGGAUGAGAUGCGGAAACAGCGCCUGCUGCUGCAGGAAUCCAACCCUCACUACCUCAAGAGCACUAAGAAGCGUUCACAAGGCUCGGUAUCCGAGGAGCCAGAGGCACCUCCUGUGGUUGAGGCUCCCUCUACAGACGUCCCCAAAAGUAAGCUAGCCUUGAUCGCACUACUUACUGUCCUAACAAGUACACCAAAACUGGCAAGUUCGGAUAAGUUCGCGAUGGAAAUGCAGAAACAGUUGAAAGAAAUCGGUCGGCAGAAGGCGAAGACCCCCACCGGCUGCAUUUUUUUGCUCCAUGGUUACAGCACCCGAGGCAAGGCACGGAAGGGCCAACGUCCCAGGAAGGAACGCGUCCCAGUGCCGGAGGAGAGUGAGGAGGCCGUCGACUUUCCAACUAGCGUUCCAGUGAGCACAGUCGUGGAUCUGCCGGAGCCGCCUAAUCGUCUUCCAUGUCGCCUUCAGGGUGUGACGCCGAACGACGUGGACUCCCCCGACGAAGAGAGCGAACUUGACCCAAACGAUCCCCACCGUCUGUUGAACAUCCAGCUGGACAUUCCGUCGAUGGAGGAGGCCACGUUGGACACGCCUUCGCGUCCCUCCACCGACACCAAGAAGACGCUCCAAACCAGGAACAAGAAGAAGAAGGCGAGCAAGGUCAAUGGAACGUCUGGAGUUGGAGGCGCACAAGCAAGAAAGGAGCCGUCGAGGCGGCACGUCCAGAGCAACGACCAACGUGGCGAAAUAAAGCAGCCAAGGUCCGACCAGCCGCCCGUAAUAUCUGAGGAGGCCUUUGUGGACUUGUUGUCGAACUUCAAGGCUGUCACCGCUGCUCGCGCCAAAGUCCGUUGUCCGGCGACUGCUGAAGCCUUGUCAGCCGGCAACUCGCACCUCCUCGAGCCCACCUUCGUCUCCCUCCUCGGCGCACUCUCCAAGGCUGCCAGCUUGUCAGUUGUUGAACGGGUUGGCACCAGUGCUUCUGUCUACGCCGAAGUCGCCACGACACCUGUCUGCGUCCUCAUCAAACUAUCCACAAGCACAGGAUCGGUGUCGAUCGAGGCCAAGUCGGAGGACGAGACCGCCUCGACAGACCUGGUGCAACGAGUUAAGACGCUCGUCAAAGGCUUUAGGCCCGCCGAAUAG